AAGAAAAAAUGAGGAAAAUAAAUUCAAAUUAAUCAAUAAGACUGUACAUUGUACAAGAAGAUGCAUGUCCGGAAGUGUACGGAACUAAAGCAACAAUCACAAUGGCGGAUUCUUCACCAGCUCCCUUUGAUCCCAAGGAGCACCCUCACAUGCGUUACAACCCUCUCUCCGGCGAAUGGGUCCUCGUUUCUCCUCACAGGCUCAAGAGACCGUGGAAAGGACAGGUGGAAAAAGGUCAAGAUGAGGUCGUUCCUCCAUGGGACCCAAAGAAUCCUUUGUGUCCAAGGGCAGUCAGAGCUAACGAUGAGGUUAAUCCUGACUAUCAGAACACUUUUGUUUUUGGAAACGACUUCCCAGCAAUGCUCAGAGGAACUCCUGAGCCAGGUCCUUCAAAGCAUCCACUCCUUCAGGCUGCCCCGGCUGGCGGCUCAUGUCGUGUCAUGUGUUUCCACCCACGCUCUGACGUUACUCUACCUCUAAUGACCACGCCUGAUAUAACAAAGGUCAUUGAUGAGUGGGCAGUUCAGACAGAGGACUUAGGCUCCACCCAUGAGUGGGUGCAAGUGUUUGAGAACAAAGGAAAGAUGAUGGGAUGCUCCAACCCACACCCACACUGUCAAAUAUGGGCUUGUCAGUUUUUACCCAACGAAGCUCAGAAAUCAGAUACCAAUCAGAGAGCGUACUACAAGGAACAUGGGAAGCAGCUUCUUCUCGAUUAUGUUGAAUUGGAAAUGAAAGAAAAGGAGCGUGUUAUAGCUGAGAAUCCUCAUUGGUUAGCUGUGGUCCCUUACUGGGCAUCAUGGCCUUAUCAAGUCAUGCUUCUGCCAAAGAGACAUGUUCUUCGUUUACCCGACCUCACCAGCGAAGAAAGAACAAGUCUGGCUGAAGUGAUGAAAGAAUUUCUUAUCAAGUAUGAUAACCUCUUUGAGUGCUCUUUCCCUUAUUCUAUGGGAUGGCAUGGGGCACCAACUGGAUCAUACUUAAAGGAGGACUGCAGUCAUUGGCAGUUACAUGCUAUUUAUUAUCCACCGUUGCUGAGAUCAGCUACAGUGAGGAAGUUUAUGGUGGGAUUUGAGAUGCUAGGACAGCCACAAAGAGACCUCACAGCCGAACAAGCAGCCGAGAAACUAAGAUCCCUACCCAAUAUCCAUUACAAAGUGAAACAAGAAGAGCAAAAGUAGAUGUAGACAUAUUAUGUAGAUUAAUUUAUUUUGUGCUAUUUUUUGUACAUAUGUAAAAUGCUAACCGCCAUUUUAUAAUAAAGAAAGCUGUCAUGAUUGUUGUACUUCAA